CCGACUUCGGAGUUUCCGGUUUUCAACGUGAAUUGGCAGUGAUGUCUGAUCUUGCGAAAGAAAAAGCUGCCAGGCUGUUGAAGAAAAGAGGCAGUUUGUCCUCACUUGGCAGCCAUGAAAUAAAGGCCAAGGAAACAGUUGGCAAAACAAAAGACUCCAUCAGCACAGUCUCCUACAUUGACGACCCUGGUCACCAUGACGAUAACCCGCGGCCAGCUGUCCAGAUGGAGAACACCUAUCAGCUUGGCCCCACCGGACGAUUCCCUGUGACAGCAGUCGAUGACAUUUUAAAGGAUGUUCUGGCUAGUUACCUGCAGGAGGAGAAGUACGAGGCAGAGCUUUGUCGACAAAUGACCAAGACCAUAUCAGAGGUGGUGAAGGCGAGGGUGAAGGAGCUGAUGAUGCCGCGCUACAAGAUCAUCGUCCUGAUCAGCAUCGGGCAGCUGAGCAGCCAGAACAUGCGCAUGGGCAGCCGGUGCCUGUGGGACGCCGCCAAUGACACCUUCUCCUCGCACACCUUCAAGAACAGCUCACUCUUCGCCAUCGCUAAUGUCUAUGGAGUCUACUCAGAGUGAAAUCUUAUCGUUGUUACCACGAGGUGAGAUCAUUACUUCACCACUGCAUCAUGCCUUUCAUGCUUGAGAAAUUUGCCAAUACGCAGGCCUACUUAGAAUUAGGUUAGAAUUAGAACAUUCUUGGCCAUCUUAAUGUUAUGGUUAUGAGACAAAUAUGAAUUUAUUCUUUUUAUAUUAUUUAUUUCAUCAUGGGAAUCGUCUCAUUGAAUGAGAUUCACCUGAAAUUACUGAGGCAACACUAUUUUCAAUCUGACAAAUAAUGUUUCCAAGAUCUCUGAGUUUCAGUGGUUAAUCACUCACUGAAUUCGCUUUGUGAUCCUUGAUGGGGUAUCACAACACUAUAUACAUUUGAGAUGAAACAAACCAUCUCUCUGUGAUUUAAAUAGGAGACUGUUUGCUUUCAGCCUGUAGACCGAAGACAAAAACUGCUUUCUGUUAUUUUAAAUGACAUUCCUUUUCAGAUUGACAAUCUCAAAAAUAGCAAAGCUGUUACAUUACAAAGUUGGACUACUACUUUUUAUACUGUAUAUUUAUCUGUGUAU